AAGAUGUCAACAACCUCAGCUGUCACCGGGAUGAGCUGCACCCUCCAGCAUGCCUGGAUGGUUCAAAAAGGCAUGGUACGGGCUGGCCUCUUUCCUCAGCUUCUCCUCCUUCCUGCUGAUCAUCGUCGCCCUGGCGGUGCCCCACUGGCUGAGUGGGAAAAUCCUGUGUCAGACUGGAGUGGAUCUGGUCAACGCCACGGAUCCAGAGCUCGUCAAAUUCAUUGGGGACAUUUACUACGGGCUCUUCCGAGGGUGUAAGGUGCGGCAGUGUGGUCUCGGGGGCCGCCGGUCCCAGUUCACCAUCUUCCCGCACCUGGUGAAGGAGCUCAACACGGGCCUCCACGUGACAAUUCUGCUGCUCCUCUUCCUGGCCUUGGCCCUGGCUCUGGUCAGCAUGGGCUUUGCUGUCCUCAACAUGGUCCAGGUCCCCUACCGGGCGGUCAACGGCCCUGGAGGCAUCUGCCUGUGGAAUGUCCUGGCAGGUGGAGUGGUGGCCUUGGCCAUCGCCAGCUUCAUGGCUGCCGCGAGAUUUCACCACCUGACCGAGCGAGUCGCCAACUUCCAGGAGAAGCUCUUCCAGUUCGUCGUGGUGGAGGAGCGGUACGAAGAGUCCUUCUGGAUCUGCGUGGCCAGUGCGUCAGCCCAUGCGGCCAACUUGGUUGUGGUGGCCAUCAGUCAGAUUCCCCUCCCCGAGAUCAAGACCAAAAUCGAAGAGGCCACAGUCACUGCUGAGGACAUCUUGUACUGACGGCCCCCUCCUGCUCAC